AUGAGCUUCAGUGGUCUCCGGAGCAUUGCUCCAACACGCCAGUUGACCCGGGUAUUACGGGACCAAAGGAGGUGCUUCUCGCAGACUCGCACUGCAGCCCGAAUCGUCGCUAGUCAACCUCUACGCGCAAAAGAAGCCUCUCCCUUCGUUUCACAGAAAUACCCCGUUAUCGAUCAUGAAUUUGAUGCCGUUGUCGUGGGUGCUGGUGGUGCUGGUCUGAGAGCGGCCUUCGGUCUUGCAGAAGCUGGCUUCAACACCGCAUGCGUUACGAAACUUUUCCCUACGAGAAGUCAUACUGUUGCUGCCCAGGGAGGUAUAAACGCUGCUCUAGGAAACAUGCACAAGGACGACUGGAGAUGGCACAUGUACGAUACCGUGAAGGGUUCCGACUGGCUUGGUGACCAAGACGCUAUCCAUUAUAUGACAAGAGAAGCCCCUCAGAGUGUUAUCGAACUUGAGGGCUACGGAUGUCCUUUCUCUCGAACUGAGGACGGACGUAUAUACCAGCGUGCUUUCGGUGGACAGUCGCAAGACUACGGAAAAGGUGGUCAGGCUUAUCGAUGCUGUGCAGCUGCCGACAGAACAGGCCAUGCUCUUCUCCACACACUCUACGGCCAAUCUCUUCGCCAUAAUGCCAACUACUUCAUUGAGUACUUCGCCAUGGAUCUGCUUAUGGAGGAUGGUGAAUGUAAAGGAAUUAUCGCCUACAACCAGGAGGACGGUACUCUCCACAGAUUCCGCGCCCACCACACAGUUCUUGCUACCGGUGGAUACGGUAGAGCCUACUUCAGCUGUACCUCUGCCCACACUUGUACUGGUGAUGGUAUGGCUAUGGUUGCUCGUGCCGGACUUCCCAACCAGGAUCUAGAAUUCGUUCAGUUCCACCCUACUGGUAUCUAUGGUGCCGGCUGUCUGAUUACUGAAGGUUCCCGUGGUGAGGGUGGAUAUCUACUCAACUCCAAGGGUGAACGAUUCAUGGAGAACUAUGCCCCAACCGCUAAGGAUUUGGCCAGUCGUGACGUUGUCUCCCGAUCGAUGACUAUGGAAAUUCGUGAGGGACGUGGUGUCGGUCCGGAUAAGGAUCACAUCUACCUCCAGCUAAGCCAUCUUCCCGCUGAAAUUCUCCACGAGCGACUUCCUGGUAUUUCCGAGACUGCUUCUAUCUUCGCCGGUGUUGACGUUACCAAAGAGCCAAUUCCUGUCCUCCCCACUGUCCACUACAACAUGGGCGGUAUCCCAACCAAAUAUACUGGUGAAGUUCUCACUCUUGAUGAGAAUGGCAACGACAAGGUUGUUCCCGGCCUGUAUGCAUGUGGUGAAGCUGCCUGUGUCUCUGUCCACGGUGCUAACCGUCUCGGUGCUAACUCUCUACUUGAUCUUAUCGUCUUCGGCCGUGCUGUCUCUCACACUGUCAGGGACAAUGCAUCUCCCGGUGCCCCACACAAGGAGAUCAGCGCUGAUGCCGGUGCUGAGUCUAUUGCUGCUUUGGACAAGAUCAGAACUGCAAAUGGAUCCAAGUCUACUUUCGAGAUUAGAAACGCUAUGCAGAAGACUAUGCAGACUGAUGUCAGCGUUUUCAGAACCCAAGAGAGUUUGGAUGAGGGUGUUGCUAAAAUUACCGAGGUUGACAAGACCUUCGACGAUGUCUGUAUCAAGGACCGCAGCAUGAUCUGGAACUCCGACCUGGUUGAGACCAUGGAGUUAAGAAACCUCUUGACUUGCGCUACUCAAACCGCAGUUGCUGCCGCCAACCGCAAGGAAUCUCGUGGUGCCCACGCUCGCGAAGAUUACCCCGACCGAGAUGAUACUAACUGGAUGAAGCACACCCUUACCUUCCAGAAGCAGCCCCAUGGUAAGGUUGACCUCACGUACCGUGCUGUUACCGGCACUACUCUCGACGAGGCCGAGUGCAAGGCCGUUCCACCAUUCAAGCGUACAUACUAG